AUGUUAGCUGUAACGAAUGAAGUAUGUCCAGAAAAAAUAAAACUAUUUGAAGAAAUUAGUCUUUCGACUCGAACGUGUGUGAGGCGAACUGAGGAAUUGGGAAAUAAUUUAUUUUCCCAAUUAAAAGAUAUCAUACCGUCAUUAGACUGUUUUUCGAUAGCUAUUGAUGAGAGCACAGAUAUUUCUGACACAGCUCAACUUUUAAUAUUUAUACGUGGUAUAGACAAGGAGUUUAAUAUUUAUGAAGAGUUCGCAGAUAUGUGUAAUAUAAAAGGCACUACAACAGGUGAAGAUAUAUUUAAAAAUAUAGAAAAUUUAUUCGAAAAAUUAGGGCUUUCGUUAAAAAAAUUAAUAAGUAUUACUACUGACGGUGGAAAAAAUAUGAGUGGCAUACAUAAAGGUUUUGUUGGGAGAAUUAAGACUAAAAUGAUUGAUAAUAAAUUUGAAACGUCCAUGGUUUUUCAUUGUAUCAUACACCAAGAGGCACUAUGUUGCAAAGUCUUGGCUUGGAAAAAUGUCAUGGAUACAGUUAUAUCAACCAUAAACUAUAUGGUUACUAUAACUACAGUUGAUGAUCUGGAGGGUGACUUCCCGCAAGGGGGUAAAGGAGCCACCAGACCCCGCCUCUUGACCGCUCUUUCACCACAACAUGCAGGAACAUUCUCGUUAGCCCCCCUUCAUAAUGUUAGGUCCCACCAUGGCUUGCCAUGCGUGUAA